ACAACACUAGCUUCUGGUUCUGGAUAUCACAUGACGCGAACACAGUGUGGCUCCGGAUGGCGAAAACCGUUUCAACCCACUUUACCUAUGACAGUGUCAUUAAGCUGACAUGACAGGUCAGUAAUCAUUUGUCCUUUAAUUACGUGACUAAUUAGACCUUAAGUCAUCUUUCAAAGACGGUCUCGGGGUUAGCUAACACCAGGAAGAGAUGUCAGUUCGGUUACAUUUACAGUUUGCUCAGCUAACGGUCCGGCCUAGCUUGAAGCUCCUCCGUUUUGGAUGAUAAUCUUGAUAUUUACGCUCUUAAAGUGAGGAUUUAGUCGGGUCUUGUGAUUAACAACACGUCUUUUCCCGGUAUGUGGAUAAUUUCGUCGCGCCCGUCCGCCAUGCCUAGACAGCAGAACUUGACUAAUCAUGAUUCAGCAUUUUAAACUUGCUGCCCAAGUCGAACAGUUAAAUCGAGUCUUAACGUUACUCAUCAAUUCAAGUCCAUGUCAGUUUGCUGCUUUAUCGGAUAACUGCUGAAUCAUAAUCCUAAUCAGUCAGAACUGCAUUAGUAAUUCCAUUAUAUUUCUCUAUAGGUCAGAAGUGUGCAACGAAACUGGCAUCAACUCUGAACUUUGAAUAUGAAAUAAGAAGUUGGUGCACUGUCAGAGUUUAUGUCAAGUCUAAUUCAGAGGCUUUGAAAACUUCAUGUGCUGUGGAGAUCUGUCCAAGACUGUUGGAGCUGCUUGUGCCAAAGUAAGAUCACCCAGUCUUGCGUAAGGGGUGGGUCAUUUGACUGUCCAGUUGCUCAAUGUGCUUCCAGUGAGAAUAAUCACAUUUAAAGGUGCAAUGCGGAGUAUUUAAUGGCAUUUAGGCAGUAGUGACUGCCAAGACUGUUAAUUCAGACAUAUGUGAUUUCUUAACUCAGCAUUUGAUCCUUGGUUGAAGACAAAACCCCACAACAAUUAUGCUUAUUCAUGUAUUGUUACUGUAAUAACACUGAGUAUUAGGGCCACAUUAAGAAAAAAAAAAUUAGACUUUAAGAGAUUAAAGUCAUUAACUUACGAGAAUAAAAACAGAACAAAGUCCUUAUAUUCUAACCUGUUGUUUAAGAUGACGGUUGUUGAAAAAUGAGAACAAUGGAGCAUUUCCUGAAAAUGUUCUUCAAUAAAAGUUUCACAAAAAAAGAGAUACUUAAUCUUAUGGCACAUCAGCACCCCAUUAUAUAUAUAUAUACAUAAUAAGUAUCAUAACGAUUUUCAUAUGACUUUAUUCUCAUAAGUAAUUCAUUUAUUACAACUUUAUUCUCAGGUAAUGAUUUUACUGUUUUGUAAGUAAUUACUUUAUUACGACUUUAUUUUUGUACGUAAUUACUUUAUUCUUGUAAGUUACCGACUUUAAUCUCAAAGUCUUAAUUUUUUUCUUAAUGUGGCCCUAAUACUCCAUCAUACUGCAAUGAGUUACUUCGCAUAACUUUUUUGCACAACUCUUCGCAUAACUGCAAAAUGACCACAACAAAUCCAAAGUGAUGUUUAUGUUAAAAUUAUCAGCUCACAUAAUAAUAGAGAGUUCAAUAAAAGAGUGUGCUCAUUAAGAAAAGUGGUUCUUGAAGUUAGUAACUUUUUUAAUGAUCAUUUUUUUGUCAAACGUUGAGUUGAGACAGCUACAAUAAACAUUUUAACCAUGCGUUUUGAUUCUGAUGCUUUUUGACUCCUCCGCGCUUCCCUCUGUCACGCAGGCUGAGCUUGCAAGAACCAUGUCGCUCCAAGCUCCUCGCAUUUCAGUCUUCACCUUUCAGUCGGCGGUGCACAGCGCCCAUGUCCUCCAGUGUCUGAAUGAGCAGAGGCAGCUCGAUGUUCUGUGUGACGUGACUGUGGUGGUGGAAAACAGGAGUUUUCGGGCUCACUGUGCCAUCUUGGCUUCCUGCAGUGAUUACUUUCACAGCAGAGUUACCAAUGUCACCAGACAGAAUCCGGUCAUCACUUUGCCUGAUGAGGUGGGUUUUUCUUUUUGUUUUAUCUCCUCCUGACAAUACUUAUCACAAUUUUAUCAACAUGUGUCUGUAGUAUUCUACUGGGCGAUUCAGUACUUUUGAGCAGAAACUAAGGAAGUACUGCACUUGAACCCAAUUUUAGUGAAGCCAAAAUAUAAAUGUGUGGAUUCACUUUCACAUUGACAAAAUGUUGCAGUACACUUAGGGCCUGAUCUACUAAAGGUUUGCAUGUGCAAAACCACGUGCAAACUUGAUCUACUAACCGGGUGCACUGAGGAUUGCGUCUGUCAAAUGAGCAAAAAAGCGUGCGCAAUCAAUUUAGCGUGUUUGCUUUCAUGAAUAAGGUCAAACACAGAACAGACGAAAAAAAAUAUCUGUUUGUCUUAUUGGUUUUAAAUCGUUUGAAUCCCUUUUUUAAUUUCAAGUAUAUCUUCUUGCAUCUGAAAAGCACCUUGAAUUGUCUAUUAUGGCUAUUUUGGAUCUUAGUAGAUCAGGCCCUUUAAGUCCCACUCCGAUAGUUUUUUUUUCACUACUUGAAGUUUUCUUGGUGGUCUUUAAACUGUGGUUAUAAAGUUUUUUGUCAAAAUCAUGUUACUUAUGUCUUUUUCAAGGACUUUUCCUCUGCAGAGCUCCAGUAGAUCAUUAGCAGUUCACCUCUGAGUCGUGGGCGGAGACAGCUCUGCUCUGCACACUUCUCCCCGAGUUAGCUUGUAGCCUAACAUUGUCGGCGUAGUAGAAGAAGCAGGUAACAUAGGAGCUACUCAGCUCUCGGACACUAAUGUGUUAAGGGGCAUGAUUAAAGUUAAUAUCAUAAUUAGCUUUCUUAUUGCAGACGCUUGUUCUGCAAACGUCCUCUCUACUUCUCUGAGUCUGGCCUGCAUAGCGGGGCUCAUGUAGACAGCAAGAAAAACAAGAUUUUCUUCGGAGUGGGUCUUUAACAAGCUGCAAAGUCACCACCAAAAGUCUCAGACAAGAUUAUACAUUUUUCAUGAACUUUGAGCUGUUCAGCACUCUGUUUGCCAUGGUGAUACAAACACUGUAAGGACUCCUGUUCAGCUGCAGAUGAUAUAGUGUAACAUGACUACUGAUCCAGUUCCAAGCCUUGCGAUGUAACCCACGCCAGUGCCCGUGUUAAUGUAAUAAUAUCUGUGUGCGUCUGCAGGGAAAAAUGAAGCAUCAUGAUGUUUUUUCUUGUGUCAUAUUUGAAUAGAUAUUAAAUGCUCACUAAGUUUUAUAUUUUGAUGUGACAUACUGUGUGUAAACAGCAAUUCAGUUCAGCUAAUUGAUCGUCUUUCUGGUUUGGUCACAGUUGUAGUAUGAAUGUUAUUGUGCCUCAGUGAUUUGCUGUAUUCCCUCUCCCCACAGGUGACUGUUGAGGGGUUUGAACCUUUGCUUCAGUUUGCAUACACAUCAAAGCUGCCCUUCACCAAAGAAAACAUUCAUGCCAUCCACAGCAGCGCCGAGUUUUUAGGAUUUCAUAACUUGGAGUCAGCGUGCUUUGAUUUCCUCAUCCCUAAGUUUUCUGAAGGCAAAAGAACCUCCCAGGAGGUCAGGCGCAGAGCCUGUUGUCAAAGCCUAGGGGGUCCCAGUGCCAGCUUUGGCUCCGGUGUGAAGAGCAGCCAACCAAACUCAUUUGAUUCUCAAAGCCAAAUGCCUCCAAGAAGUGAUGAACAAGAAAACUUCCCGUCGAGGUGUCCUCAAAGCGCUCAGGGUCAGACGAACAGCAGUGAAGAACACUUGUGCUUGGAGAACUGUGGGCCACAAAUGGGCCCAAUAUCUCUGGACUUAACAGCAAAUGGCGUGUGCCCCAUGUUGUCUCUGCCAUGUCCAGACUCUGAGAAAGCAGAUCAUUCCUCCCAGUUUUGUGAAAGAGACAUUUUAGAGAUAGAAGACGUGUGUGAUGAAGGUGAAUUAAGUUUGGCUGAGUGUGACCUGCCCUGUGAGCUGUCAGCCCCGGGGGAUGUGAACGCCACAGAACUUAUUGAGGCAGCGGGCGGUGAUGUUAAACAGACUGUGGAGACUCUUCGCGCUGAAACCAACUGUGAUCCCGGUUCCUGUCCCCUCAACACAUCAGGAGUGAAAGGUUGCAGUGACUUAAUAAAGCAGGACGAGGCUGGCCUAAAACAGAGCAUGGCAGGUGAUCUCUCAGAUGCCGCUCUAACCGCUCUGAGCCAGGAGGAGGGAUUCGGGGAGAGGAGCAGCGUAGAAAGGGAGGUGGCUGAGCAUCUGGCGAAGGGAUUUUGGCCAGACCUAUGCCCAUCUCAGACUCAACCAAUCCCCCUCGAUCCCAUGGACCAAAACAAUCUGGCAAAAGCAUCAGACUUUCACUGGCUUAAGCAGCUGGACCUGAGCUCCAGUGUAGGAGACUGUCCUUUUCUCAGGGACCUCGCGGGAAGCGAUGACACAGCUCAACGCACUGACAACCUGUCCCAGUCAGAGAAAAGCCCCUGCCUGUCAUCCUCGUUCAACUCUGGGGAUGAUUCCGAGCUGGACACAGACGGAGACACCGAGGCCACCAACAAAAGAGCAGCAGAGGUUAUGACUAACAUCUUAUCUUUGAUGACAGUGUUGUCCAUAUUAUAUACAGUCUAUGGUUUUAGCCUUUACAGUUAUCAUCAAACUCAGUUCAACUCCUGAUCCCUGUGUUCAUGUGUUCCACAGAUCCAGCUUCCAUUCCCGGUGGAGCAAAUUUCAGCACUGAGCCGGAGUGCCUUCCAGCAACUUUUGAAACGCCAUCAGCUGACCCCAGAGCAGCUGGAGUUUGUUCACGAUAUCCGUCGGAGAAGCAAAAACCGUGUGGCCGCACAGCGCUGCAGGAAGAGGAAACUAGACAGCAUCCAUGAGCUGGAGUGUGAAAUCAAAAAAUUAGUAAGUUUCAGCUGCUGUCUCAAUAAUGUCAAGGAUGACCUUUAUUGACCUCUAGUGGUGAUCAGCAUGAACUUCAGCACAAUGGUCAGAGCUGUGGUAAUGCUUCAAGACUAAUCAAGUCUGUGUUACAAGAUAGGGCAUAUGCAAUAAUGAGAUGACAAGGGAGUGAAUAAGUCUUUGUUUGCUUAUCUCUGCAGAAAAGUGAAAAAGAGCGGCUGCUGCAGGAGCGCACUGAGCUGGAACAAAACCUGGAGGAGACACGGCACAGUCUGUGCGGGUUAUGUAAGAGCGUCAGCAUCGAGUCCGGCUCCGAUCACGAGCACUUGCAGAUUCUUGCCAAGCUUUCCGCAUCAGACCUUUCCACCUCCUCAUCAGACUUACCUUUCUCCUCCCCCUGCCUCUUGGGUAAAGACGACGGGCCCCAGAUCACGAUCGAAAUGGUAAGUUGUUCUCCAGAGUGUGACACGAGCAAGCUGCCCGCAGAGUCGGGUCAAAGUACUGCAUCAGAGGCCGGCACACAGACAGGUCCUCCACAGAGCUCUCCUGAUCCUGCACCUCUACUCAAUGCCUGUCUGGACAUGACCAACAUCUUAUGAUUGGAUUCUUAAUUCCUCUGACAUUUUUAUUCACGCAAGACCUUUGAACACAGGAGUGAACUUAGAAGAUAUACUGUAAUCCCGUUUUGGGAUCGAUAAACUUUUCUUUGUGUAUUAAUGAAUGAAUUUCUGCCUGAUACAGUCAUGUGCAAAAAAUGGAUAUCUCAUGAAAUUAGCUGUUAAUCUGAAAUAUCUAGAAAUAUGAGAAAAAUGAGCAAGAUUGUGGUUUGAUUGUGAGGAUAAAGGACGCAGUCAGAGACAAAUGAAAGCAUCAUUGUGGGAAAUUUGGGGGGCGCCUGUCGUCGAGACUCUUAUUUCAUCCUUGAUUGAUAAAGAGAGCAGGAACACGCUGUGUGGAGAUUAAAGAGCUCCUCAGAAAGAAACACUUGUAUGAUAUUUGUGAAUCUGCAGAGGAAUUUUAAGAAGAUUUCCAAGUGAUUAGAAACCUGCUGCUUUUUCACUCUCCUGAAAACAAGGUCAGGUCGAGCCAUUCUCGCCAGAGAGCAGACUGUAAACACUUUAACAGACCUCUCCACCAGUCCUCAGAUAUCAAACUGCGCUGACGUUCCGUUGAUGUUGUGCUGAAAACAGGACGCAGUUACAGUAUUUGUCAGGGAAUUCAGUGAUGAUCUUAAACACUGUUGCAAUGAUCAUGAUUUGCUUAAGACAGAACCCCGUAUCAGCUGUAAAGCGUCAACGUGCAAAAUGUCUCCUUAAAAACCUGUCAGUAUAAAAGGGUGUGGAUGUGAACCGUGACAUGACUGAUCCAAAAUAGUCCUGUCAAUCCAGAGGCAAGGUUCUGUACCCAGGCAGACAAGAAAUGGCUCACAGUAAAGAAAUGGGGAGUUCUGACUGGUAAUUUAAGGCAGGUUUUUAUAUACAAACCCCAUCAACUAUGAAAAGUUUCCUGAGUGUACUCAAGAAAAAGUUCAGUAGUUACAGAGGACGUCUGUUCAAGCUUGUUCAGCCAGCAGGAGCAACUACAGCAGGGGGUGUUCAAGCGGACAAACUUUCUCCUCAGUAAGAAAUAUUAUCUGUAUUCUAUGUUAUUUAUUCUGCUUUAUUUUUAUAGUUUUUAAUCAUCUCAAUUGAAUUAAUCAAUUGACACGUUGAAAUCACAAAUUCUUGAAGACAGAGCAAAUUUCAUGAGAUGUCCAGUUUUUCCACAUCCAUUUUUGAUAUCUCCAGUUGCUGUUUAUUGCUGUAUUUCUAAUCUGCAUUUCACUGGUUAACACAGACUCCUGUAUUUUAAUUCCUGUUUAAGGUGCAGAGAAACUCCAGGUAAUUUCCAAUUGUUGUCCUUUUAUCAGCGACAAAGACUUUUUUUUUUUUACUCAGGGAAACUCAAACCUGGCUGCGCAGACAGCAAAGAAGAACUUUUACUAUCUGCACAGACCCCGACCUCUGCUCGCUAUGCACAUAUACACUUGUGGCUAUGGAAAUAAGUUGAUUUAGUCGAGGAGUUCAAUCUUGACACAAACCGUCACUUUGCUCUUUCCUAAAUUUAAUAUGCACAGCACUAACAGUAGUCUUUAGAGAUGAUUACAAGGAGUUGUUACAGCUAACAUUAAUCCUCAGCAGCAUUAUUUUAGAGCCAGUAUGUAGUUUGGAUGAAGAUACCUGAGGAAUCGCUGUAGAGUUCCUACAAGUGUUACAGAGGAACACCAUUUGAUGCAAAUGUGCCUUAUGCAGUAGUAGCAGGGUUUCCUCCAGGACUUUUCUUGUUUUCUUAGAGACGAGCUCCAAGACUCUGCUAUGUGGAAAGUCGGCCACAGGUGGCCCAUGGAUACUGAGUAGCAUGCAUGCUGCUGCAGCCUGUUCCUCAGUUCUGUCUUUACCUACUUAUUAUAAAGACAAUUAAAAGUGAGGGGGCGGGGGUUCCUCAGCUGCUUCUGACUAUUUAGUAAACAGGCUUCGAGUGUUAUAUUCUUUUAUAUCACUAAUACCACACAGGUAACGUUGGGAACAUUAAAAUAUUGACAUUAACAUUAAGGUCAUUUUCACAAGCUUGAGCUAAAUAUUCGUUAGACUUGUCCAUGUUAAAAUACCUUUAUUUGACCUUUUUCUCUCUCCAUUUACUCCACUCUGUCGCCUCUUCACCGAACAGGAAGUUGAGACUCCAGUGUUGGUUUUCAAAAUUCAAUGUCACAUUUCACGAGGAUAAUUUCACCCUCUUAUCAUGGUCCAUAAAUGUGCACAAAUAAAGACUCUAUGUCUAUAGGGAUCCAUUCAUACAAUAUAAUCACAUACAGUAGCAGAAACCCUGAGUUCAGUAUGAUACAUUCAGUCUUUGUAUGUUGUUGUUUCAAGCACUAUUGCACAUUAACCCACAGCCUUUAUUCAUGGGAUUUCCAUCGUUUCAGUCCAUCUUCCUGUUGAAUAAUUUUGUCUAAUUCUUGCCACCAUGUAUAACAGAUUUGAAUAAACAGUUUUUUGUUAC